AUGAUCAGCAGUCAACGGCUUCAUAAACAUAAUUUUUUAUUCCAAUUUCUAUUAUGAAUUAUAUUCUGUAAGCCGUACAAUAUUGACAUUAUGGGAUUAUAAAUAGCCAUUAAAAGCAGCUUAUUGAGAUAUAAAAAAUAAGAAAGAAAGAAAAAGAGAUAUAAUCAAUGGAGAAAUAUUACGUUGUUUCUUGUGUUUUAUUGUUUGUUGGAGUAAUUUCAACCCAGCUCAGAGGAACAUCAGCCGCUUGGCAACAAGCCCAUGCAACUUUCUAUGGUGGAAGCGAUGCUUCAGGAACAAUGGGGGGUGCAUGCGGUUAUGGAAAUCUGUACACUGAUGGGUAUGGAACAAAGACGGCUGCUCUGAGCACUGCUUUGUUCAACGAUGGAAAAUCAUGCGGUGGGUGCUAUCAGAUAGUGUGUGAUGGGACCAAGGUGCCCCAAUGGUGUCUCAAGGGCACUUCCAUUACCAUCACUGCUACAAACUUCUGUCCACCAAACUAUGCUCAAGCCAGUGACAACGGCGGCUGGUGCAACCCUCCCCGCCCUCAUUUCGACAUGUCUCAGCCUGCAUUCGAGACCAUUGCCAAAUACAGAGCCGGGAUCGUUCCCAUCUUCUAUAGGAAAGUUGGAUGCAAGAAAAGUGGAGGCAUCAGAUUCACCAUUAACGGAAGAGACUACUUUGAAUUAGUGCUCAUAUCCAACGUAGGAGGAACUGGAGAUAUUUCCAACGUAUGGAUCAAAGGCUCUAAAACCAACAAAUGGGAAACCAUGUCCAGAAACUGGGGUUCCAAUUGGCAGAGCCUUAUGUAUCUCAACGGCCAAACCUUGUCAUUUAAGAUUCAAGCCACAAAUGGUAAGACCCGAACCGUUCUCAAUGCAGUGCCUUCUAAUUGGAAGUUCGGCCAGUCUUUCACCACCAAAGUUCAAUUUUAAGCUCAACUACUACAGGACCACCGCCACUAGCUCGCCUCUGCUACUAAUUUAUCUAAACUUUGUAUUAUUCUGUAUUCUAUUUUAUUAUCUUUUCGUUUUCUUGUUUUACUUUUACUCAAGUAAUUAUGUACUGCGCCUUCUUGGCUUGUGGCUCUGCGUUUUUUGCCAGAAAGCCCACCAAGAAAGGCUUAAAAGAAGUUGGACUCAUUUCCAACUCUGAUAGUGAAAAUAUACACAGCACAGAGAGCCAUAGGGCAAUCCAAUUUAUCUCUUUUUAAUAAAUAUAUAAGAAUUACUUCUCAACCAUGAAAUGACUUUAAAUCAC